GCUCCGGGCCUCGGCCCGGCCUGGGGCGGCGGCGGCGGCUGCGGCGGAGGCGCGGGAGCCGCGGGGGGGGCGGGCUGUGCCGGGAAGUGCGUCAGCGGCGGCGCGGGGAGCGGCGGCCCUGGUCGGCGCUGGAGGGAGAGGCCGGCGCCGCGGGAGGAUGGGCGAGCAGCCUGAAUGCCAGGAUGGAUAACCGCUUUGCCACAGCCUUUGUGAUCGCCUGUGUACUCAGCCUCAUCUCCACCAUCUACAUGGCAGCCUCCAUCGGCACAGACUUCUGGUAUGAAUACCGAAGUCCGGUUCAAGAAAACUCCAACGAAUCGAACAAAAACAUCUGGAACGAGUUCGACAGCGACGAAGCCGAUGAAAAGACUUACAGUGACGCGCUCUUCCGGUUCAAUGGCUCCAUGGGGCUGUGGAGGAGGUGCAUCAGGACACCCCGGAAUGCCGAGGAGGGGGAUAGCUCAGCAGAAAGGGCAGAGUCAUCUGAUGUGAUUACAAAAUGCAUGAGUCUCUCACUAAAUGAGCAGUUCAUGGAGAAAUUCCUUGAUCCUGGAAAUCACAACAGUGGGAUUGAUCUGCUUCGGACCUAUCUGUGGCGUUGCCAGUUCCUUCUCCCUUUUGUCAGCCUGGGUCUGAUGUGCUUUGGUGCCUUGGUUGGCCUCCUCGCGUGCAUUUGCCGCAGCCUGUACCCCACCAUUGCCACGGGCAUCCUGCAUCUCCUCGCAGGUCUUUGCACACUGGGCGCAGUCGGUUGCUACGUUGCUGGGGUCGAGCUCCUCCACCAGAAACUGGAACUGCCAGAGAACGUGUCUGGCGAAUUCGGAUGGUCCUUCUGCCUGGCGUGCGUCUCAGCCCCCCUGCAGUUCAUGGCUUCCGCACUCUUCAUCUGGGCUGCCCACACCAACCGCAAGGAGUACACCUUAGUGAAGGCCUACCGCGUGGCGUGAGAAGAAAGCUCCCCGCUUCCCAACUGUUAUUUUUAAUAGAAAUGUUUUUCCCUUUUCUCCCAAGUUUUAACUGUUUUGUGGGUAUGCCACUUUAUCCUGAAAAAUUAUUUUAUUUAUACACACACACACACCCAUUUGUUUCUUAAUGCCACUUAAGAUUUAUAUGAAUUACACCAACUCAUUUCAUCUUUCAAGGCGAUAAAAAUGGGAAGACACUUGGCAUGGAUUUGUGAGAGACACUCGAUAGUGGAAGAUUGACCCAAAUGAAGUUAAUGUUCACGUCUGUGAAAUAGCGGCAUCUGCUCAACUGGAAACCUGAGUUUCUUUGGGGCACCUCUUAGCAUUACCCAAAUUUAAUGUUCGCUUUGUUGUUACGUAAGCCUAGUCAGCCAGCCACAAGUACCAGGGCUACUUUCAGAAAUAAAAUUAUCUAUAAAAUAGGGAAAUUACCUGAGAUUUUUUUCCCUUUGAGUGUUGACACAGCUUCAGCAGAAGUGAAAUAUGGCAGCUGUUUACACGUCUGCCAUUAAAAAAGGAAAUGGAAAAUAAUAGUGUUGACUUGAAACUAAAGUUUUGUAGCUGCAGGUUUCACCCAGAUGAGUUGACCCUUAUUUACUUUUAUUACUAUUUUUUAAACUGUUGGUAUGUUCAUAGGCCUUUCCCUAACAUCUCACCCUUUUUGAAUUUGUUUUUGUCCUUCCCUCCUCUCACACCAGACUUGUUUCAAAAGAGUCCUUUCUUUCUGCUACUCGAUUAAGGCCCCCGGAGUAAAAUUCUCUAGCCGCCGUCUGUCUACUCCAGUGAAGCGCCACAUGGGAGGCCUCAUCACGGUGACCCUCCAGGGCCAGGAAACUGCCACAGACCUGAAGCGUCUGCUGGCUGACACCUUCCGACGCUGUUUCUUGUGGCGGAUGACGCGCCUCCCUUCCUGACCUGAACCCGUUCCAGGGGUGUCCACAGAACUUCAGCUCUUACAGCUCAGUCGCUGUUUGUCACUUGUCUGCAAACAUGGGACUAUUUAUUUAGUCCAUUCCUGUAGCAUUUGGCAGAUUUUAAAAAAUGUAACUGAGUAUUUCUUACACUAUCCUAAAUCUUUUUUUUUUUUUUUUUAAGAAAAAAUAAAAAAUGAGAAGAGACUCAGAA